AUGUCGUCCGAAUCCGAAUUGAUCAGUAUCGAACCUGGCGACCUCAUCUUGCACAUCCGGCACGAGGAACAUGAUGCAGGCUUCCGAUAUAGAGUCAGCUCGAAAACCAUACGGCAGAACUCGCGAUACUUUGACAGCUUGCUAAGCGAUCGAUUCAAUGAAGGAAGAAUACUCUCCGAGGGCCUCGUUGCGCUCAAACAGGCUGGUUAUUCUGCUCCCGCCGAAGCCCCAUCCCACGCCCUUCCUACGAUCCAGAUUGUCCAUGUUGGGCGCAUUUCAAAAGUAUCAUCUAUCCGAGAUCUCGCUGCCGACUUUCUUCGAGCUCUUCAUGGCCAGCCGCUACCUGAAAAGUUCCCGGUCACGAACCUAGCCAAUAUAGCCGUCCUUGCAGAUCGAUUCGAUGCCCUGGACUACUUCAAGGCGUAUAUACACAGGAAGAAAUACUUGGUCUCUGUGGAUGCGAGGUUGAAAGCCAGCAAAACGCGCCCCACGGAAGAAAGAAUACGACAGAAACUCCUCAUCGGGCUGCUGUUUGAUUAUGGGCCUUGGAUAACCAGUUGCUCCAAACACCUCAUAUUGCGAGACUCAGCACAAUGGAAGGAAGGGGUAGAGAUGGAUGGCACUGCGGCUUUGUGGUGGGACUUGCCCAAUGGAGUGGAAGAUGAGUUGAUAUUCCGGCGGGAAUGCAUCCUAGAAACUAUCAACUCGCUUCAGGCACACUUCCUCAAACUGUACACCUCUGGGGCUAGGCAAUGUAAACUGGGCUACGACUCCUCGGGCCAAUGCGAUUCUUUUCAGCUUGGCGAGAUGAUCCGGUUUUUCCUGCGGCAGGGCACCCUGCGCUUGCAGGGAACCAUCUACGAUGCAACAGAGCCAAGUCACUAUUCUGGGGACGUCGACCGCUUAAUAGAAUCUCUGCGGCAAGUUCCCUCGUAUCAGAUCGAUGGUAACCAUCACCACUGCGGGAUAAGAGUUCGAAUAUCUCCCUGGCUCGAUUACAUCCAAGGCUUGUUCAAUUCUGAGACUGGGAGCGCACACAUUGGUAUCUGUGGGGAUUGCUGGACACAGCAUCGAGCCGCUUACGCCUGGUCAGACGCAAAGAGACCGGUUUCCUGGAGCCCGCCGGUGAACCUGCCGAAACCGCACAUACCCCUGAAUGCGUGGAAUCAAGGCCCUAAGAAGCACGCAUCUGUGAGAGAUAUGUUCAUGGCCGUGGAGCGCAACUGGACGGCUCCCAGCGGCUAG